AUACUUCUUCACAAGAAUUACCUAUUAUAGGGAUAUUUAAUCCGGCUCUUUGGAAUAUGACUGGAUCAGCACUUGCGUCAAUAGAUCAAAGAGGUAAAAUUUUUAUAUGGACUAUGGUUAAUUAUAUAAAUCGUUGGACAUGUUUUCGCGAUUUUGAUUUGGGAGAAAAUAUAAUUGAAUUUUCAUGGCUUGAUCAUUUAAGACCUUUUUCAAAAUCUACACAAAAUGGUUCCACUGGUCAAACAUUAUAUAAAAGAAAUAAACAUUUUGGUUAUAACAAUAAUUUUGGCGAGUAUUCUUUCAUAACAGUUACUGCAGAUGGCAAGGUAUUUGUUUAUCAUCAGCCAGCAAAAAAAAGCUUUUCAACUUUCACAGCUCGAUUACCGUAUCCUUCUUGUCGUAUAUCACAUGCUAACAUAAUCCUUAAUGAUGAUAUUUUACCAAAAGUUGCAUUGAUAUAUGAUAUUUCAAUUGAUUUGCUCAAGUCACAAGUUUGUUGUCAUUUAAUCGGCAAUGUACAGCUUACUGCACCCAUAGAUGAAAUAUUUAGCCCGCAUGCACAACUUAUUCAUUUAAAGUUGUUACCAAGAACCUCAACUCAUCCAAUUAGACUUUUAAUAAUAACAGCUGAUAAAACUGUAGAGAAUAAUGUAGAGAGUUUUGAUAGUGAUAUUACAAUGUGGGAACUUAUAACUAAUAAAGAAUCACAACAAAAAUUAGACGGGGGAGAUAUUGGAAGUGAAAAUUUUACUACAGAACAAGGUGAUAAUAGCACAUUAUCAACUGAUAGAUUUACAAUGACGCUAAAAUUUGUAAUAAUUAAACAUAUACCGAAGCAACUGAUUACUGGUAUUUGGCAACAUGGAAAUGAAUUAGCUAUUGGCUCUAAUGAUGGAAAAGUUCAGUUUUGUGAUUGUAGUAACAUGUUAAAAACAUUGCCACAAUCAGGACCACUUGAGACCACAUCCUUUAAAGAAGAUUUAUUUCCUACAUUUAGUAGUUGGGUGCCUUCAAAUUAUACACAGGAAGAUUCUGCUAUUUUAGAAUUUUCAUCUUCGCCCAAUGGCACGAUGCUUCUAUGUAGAAGAUUAACAGGAAAACUGAAUUUCCUUGAUAUGGCACAGAUAGGUUUAACCAGAUCUCAAUUCGAUAAUAACUUCUUGGAUUUUCCGAUGGUUGUAAAAUCUUGUGCAGAUGUUUUAACAUUAUCUAUAUUAAAUGGAAUUGACCAUGUUGAUUUAGAAAAUGUAAUAAAAAAACAUGAAGAAAUGUUGGGAAUUGAUGAGUUUUUAGAGAUGAUAUUGGAAGAAACUUUUACCAACCUUGCAACUGUUUUUCCAAAUAUAACAGAAUAUUCUAUGGGAUCAGAUUAUCUACUUACACUCUUUGGAAUACAAUUAUCGUUAUUGAAAUCAUGCGGUCGUGAUAACACUGUAUAUUUGAAUACAUUAUAUUUUAUUCAACUGUCUGCAUUGGAAAAAAUAUUUCUUGAUUAUAAAGUCUCUGAUGGAAAGUUUUCAAUAGAAUUAUUAAGAUCUAUGACAUAUAUAACAAUUUGGAUUUUGGAUUUUGCUGUGUUUUUAAUAAAAGAUAUUCAUUUAUUAUUUUUCACAAUAAAAAAAGGUCAUGAUUUAGGUUCAGAAAAGUCACAUAUUGUGUUAUUUUAUAAUCCAAUAACUAGAAAUGCAUUAAAGAAUCUAAUAAUAUUAGUUGGUCAAUUCAAAGAAACUCUUUACAAUCUUUCAAAACAAAAUUCUAGUGAUUCAGCAAUUUAUGAAUUAAACAAAUCUUUACAAUUUUCAUUUGAUAAAUGGCCACUAGAUUUAGCAUUUUUAAAAUCUUUUAUUGACGAAUCUUUUGAAAUUAUUGAAAAGGCGAUGAAAGGUGUUUCUGAUAAACAAAAAAUUGAAUAUAAGGUGAUCAUAAGAUCGAAGUUAUCAAUGUUUCCUUCAUUACAUGGAACUCUAAAAGAUAUAGAACAAAGUUAUAAAACCAACUUUAGUGAAAUUAAUAAGGUUAAAUUAUAUUAUUAUGAUACGGAAUGGAUCAAAUCUGAUUCUGUGGACAUUCUUUUAAAGUCUCGUACAAUCAAAGAAAAAGCAUGUACAAGAUGUGGAAAUUUUUCAGCAACAACAAGUUUGAAUAAUAUGAUCUGGACAAAAGGUUAUUCAAGAUCAUGUAUUUGUGGUGGCUAUUGGAUAGAAAUUAAAGACAAACAAUCUUAG